CCUCAGCGCGCCCUCCCGCCCCUAGCGUCCCCUCAGGGUCCCCGCCUAGGCUUCCGCGGUCGCCAUGACGGCGGCCGUGUUUUUCGGCUGCGCCUUCAUUGCUUUCGGGCCCGCACUCGCCCUCUACGUCUUCACCAUCGCCACCGAGCCGCUGCGUGUCAUCUUCCUCAUCGCCGGAGCUUUCUUCUGGUUGGUGUCUCUACUGAUUUCUUCACUCUUUUGGUUCCUAGCAAGACUCAUUACCAACAACAAAGAUGGACCAACACAAAAAUAUCUGCUAAUCUUUGGCGUGUUGCUCUCUGUCUUUGUCCAAGAAACGUUCCGGUUUGCAUAUUAUAGACUUCUAAAGAAAGCCAGUGAGGGCUUGAAGAGCAUAAGCCCAGAUGAGGCAGCGCCCUCUAUGCGAUUGCUGGCCUAUGUUUCUGGUUUGGGCUUUGGAAUCAUGAGUGGAGUGUUUUCCUUUGUGAAUACCUUGUCGAACUCCUUGGGGCCAGGCACGGUGGGCAUUCAUGGAGAUUCCCCUCAGUUCUUCCUCAAUUCAGCUUUCAUGACGCUGGUUAUCAUCUUGCUGCACGUGUUCUGGGGCGUUAUAUUUUUUGAUGCCUGUGAAAAGAAGAAGUGGUACGUCCUCCUCAUCGUCCUCCUGACCCAUCUGCUGGUGUCUGCCCAGACCUUCCUAAAUCCUCAUUAUGGAAUAAAUCUGGUGUCAGCAUAUAUAAUCAUGGUGGUCAUGGCCAUCUGGGCAUUUUUUGUUGCUGGAGGCAGCUGCCGAAGCCUGAAACUCUGCCUGCUCUGUCAAGACAAGGACUUUCUUCUUUACAACCAGCGCUCCAGAUAACCUCCGACAGUCAGCGCCUCCCAAAGAGCAGGCUGCGUCUUUAGAGGAAGCACAACUGUGCCUUUUUCUAAAAAAAAAAAAAAAAAAAAAAAAAUUUUUCCUGGUGGAAUUUAGAAACAUGAAACUAGAUAGGAAUUUGGUUCCCGUGGCUUUCAAGCAACAGGUCUCUGAAAGGGAAGUGUCCGGUGGGCUGCUCCUUGGCUGCGCGUGAGUCACCUGGGGCUUCAUAAAGAAUUCUGGUUGUGGCUUGGUGCUGCAGGUUUUGUUAGCCGGCACAUUGGGUAAUUCUUGAAAGCUCCGAGGUGAUUCCAGGGCCGAACCACUGGGUCCAGAUGGGAACUUUGCAAGAACACCCUAAGCCGCUGGGAGUCCGGUGUUUGCUUCCUCACUCAGCUUCUGCUAAGCAGGCAAAUUUCGGAAUGCCACAUCCUAGUUAGCCUUUGCCUUUUUAUAUUCUGAGGUCACAGAAGGCUAAAGCCUGCACCUCAGGGGCUUUUUCCAUGGGCUUCCCUAGGACCAUCUUAGAGAAUCGUGGCAGGCCGUGCUCAAUGCAGUAAUAAAUUACGCUGACUGGCCGUAGGUUAGCCAAAGUAAGACUUGACUUGUAAGUUACGUUUUCUUCAAGUUCUUCCAUUCUAGGUUUUGUCUUCUGAGGUAUUAUGUUUAUUUUUAGUUGAAGUUCAGUUUAAGAUUGUAUUCUGACUUUCUUGGGAAAGUAUAAAAUUAGGAAUUGUGCGACUCUGAGAGUCCUCAGCUUGGAGCUGCAGGUUUUCCCGUCUGCUAGGUGCUGGGCCAGAGAGGUGAAGCCCGUUGUUUCAGCUGUGUAGGGAGCUGAGUCCUGUACGCUGGGACAAGCUUCACUGAGAACAUAAGGAAAACACACCGCAGGGCGAUGGGGACGCUUCUCCUUUUCUCCUGUGAUGCUGACUAGCGCUUUCACCCAAGUGCUGUUGUAUCAGGCUGUCACCUAAGCCAUAUGAGGUUUAGAUCUACCAGUAGGUGGUUUCUCUGGCGUUUUACAAUUUCUGAGCAGUCAUUUAUUUUGGUUUCCUUUAUAAAGAGAAACUGCCAAUGAAUUGUGAGUUUACUGACUGGAAAUUGUCCCCAGGGGAUGUCUAUAGGGAGCUGAUAGUGUGAAAUUGAAAUUAUACAUUAAAGUAAUACCUAUACAUGAAACUCAUGUGUUGUAGAACAUUUAAAAGAAAUAGGGCCAGCAGUGAGUCUUCAGAAGCGGCAUGACAGAUGAGUGAGUUUGGUAGGACGGGGGUAGGGAGGAAUGAUGGGCAUAUUUGGAACAGAUGUGCAGCCAGUGUUUUGAGCUAACCGUGUAUCAUUCCAAAGAUGAGAUGUUGCACGUGAACUAGAGCCUUACUGAUGAAACCUUCUUAUGUGUAAAGACAUUAGAGCAUCCCAGUUGAGAGAUUCAAGAGGAGUAGGUCUUCUAAGAAGGCUGUAAACAAUCUCAUAAGCAGUUGUAAUUAAUCAUUCCCCUGAAGGUGAUUAGAAACACUAAUACCAGUGCUUCUACUGGAGCUUGUAGUUUUUUAGUUUUCUGCAAGAAUUUCCUUGGACUAGAAGAAUCAAGGAUGUAAACACUGAACAGAGGAAUUUCUUGUGCAGAUUCAGGAGAGAGAAGAUACCCAUAGACCUGGGAUUUAAUCUUAACAGAACACGGUAUUCUUUGGUGAAGAAUAAGAAAAAUACAUAGUUGGUUAUUACUAUUGACUUACAAAUCUCUUAAGUAGAUGCUCGACAAAAUAGCUGCCAGUAUGUACAGAAAAUCUGAAAAUUUUGUUUAUUAAUCAUACUUGAGCUCUGAACAAGUUGCCUGUGUACUGAUACCUUUCUAUUAAGAAGCUGGGGAGGGGGGAGAACAAGCUGGCAUACUGUAUAAUCUCAUUUACUAAAACUCCAGAUAAGAAGGAAAUUUUCCUUGGUGAGAUUUAUCUUAGUUCAGGAAAUUAUUUCGUAAUCUUUGUUCCCUAUAAGAAGGGAAUGCUGUAGCCCCGACAUCUUUUAGAAUGCAUUGCCAUCGUUGGCACAGCCGACUUUGCAAAUAGGUUGCUUUGCCUCCUGCCAAGGAAGCCUAGAGGGAAGGUGUAGUUUUCUUUUGUUGCUGUAUGGAUAUUGAAGCGCUCCAUGUCUUGUUUUCUUGGGGCUUGUUUUGUUUGUUUGCAUUUCUUAUCUAUGGUGAGCUAAUAACUGGAGAGGAUGAGUAGGGACCGUAUGUUCUCCACACUGGGUUUUCUCAGUCUGGAAGGAAAUGUAGACAUAGUUAAAAAUUGACCUUAGAGUUGGGACUGUUAUUGCAGUGCUUGGACAUUAUGCCUGGUGAAUAAUAUUGAUUCCAUUGCUCUCUAAUAUAAGCCCUGUAUUUAUUUUUUACUCAUGUGAAUUAGUCCUCAUAACUGGAAAUGUCUUGUUACCUCAAUCCUGGCCUGUCUGAUUGACAGUAUAGUAGCAGCAGCCUCUUCUAGAGCACAGUGAUAGAAACCUGGCUGAAAGAAAGUCAUGAUAUGUGCGGACUGUGCAGGAAGUGGUGUUUGUUCCCGUGUUUUCCUUCUUUGUGGGUACAUUUCACUGUUUGCUGAGCUGCGCAUGGCCCAUUCUACACCAGAAAUGGUAGGUGCGCUUAGCCACACAGUGUUUGCAACAUAAGCAACUGCGACAGAAGAUUCUGUACCCGGUACUGUUCCCAGUCUCUUCAGUCAGCAAGGGCCACAGAGUGACCCUGAAUCUGGGCUGAACAGCCAGCGAGGGUGGCAGGCAACCCAUGGGGGCACCUCAGCCAGCUUCCUGUGAAGCUAGCUUUCUGUUAGCUGAGUUUCUUCCAGGCUCCGCCAUUUCAAACUGCAGGUAGACAAGGUAAUUGCCACACCAGACUUGCUAAAAAUGCUUUGCUUGUAACAUUUUAUUUACAAUUAUAUUUAUAUUUCUCAGUUAAUAAGAGACUUUAUUCUAGUAAAGUGUAGUAAGGUUCAGAAGAGAUGUCUUUAUGUAAAAGAUGCAAAAUUUUAUAUGUUAUACCAUUAUGUCCUACCUACUUGCAAUACCAGAUAUGGCACACACAACACACAAUUCAGUGGACUCCUUCCGGACCUGUAUUUGUCAAUGAAUAAUAAAAAGAUGGUUUGACA